AUGGGGAACUCACAACGCCUUAUGGGGCCAGGUUCUUUUGAGGACAGCGCAGAUGAGUCGCGCGGGACGGUGGACGCACGACAAUCGAGCUGGACGACGUGCAUCAGCAGCCGUCGCCGCCGCCGCUGGGCUCGUUGCUCCACGACGAUGGCGCACACAUGGCCGGAAGCAUGGAUGGCGUUGGCGGGGCUGGGCGGCGGAGUGCGUGCAUGGAUCAAGAUGCGAUGGGGAGGUGUGUGCGGAACGGUGCGACAGGGGCUGCUGGCGGCGAUAGCGGGCGGCCGCGGGCACGUUGAAAGCGGAAGUCCAGAUGCGCUGGGCGCCAAUCGAGGCCGGAGCAUUUCGCCGGGGGCCCAGCCAUCGUCAAUCGAAGCCGCGGCUGGGGCAGCGGGCGGCGGCGCAAUCCCAGCGCGUGCAGCUGACCCUGACUCCGCUCCCUAUAGCGUGCCGCGCGCGCAGGCGAUGCUUGGCAUGGUGUUGCAGCCACCAGCGCCGCCUGGCGAAUGCCGCCGCCUGCCUGCGCCCCUGGCCGCCCGCUGA